AUGCCUCCCAAGAAGACUGCCGCCGCUGCCGAGCCGACCGGUCAAAACAUCAAGGUUCUAUGUGCUGUUCUGCGUGGUAUCGACUCCCUCAAUGUUGACUGGAAGUCGGUUGCCGCAGAGUUGGAUAUCAAACGAGCUGACAAUGCCGGAACCGCUUUCAGAAAUGCCAUCAAACCGCUCGGUCUCAACUACAAAGCCGGCAAAAUCUUCGCCAUCGGCGAUGAGGCUCCAGCAGCAACCCCGAAGAAGCUGGUUUCCAACAAGAAGACCAAGGGUAAUGCCAAAAGCACCAACAGUAGUGGCGAAGAGUCUGAUGAAAAGAGCAGCGGCUCUGACUCUUCAAACAAGCGCAAGAAAGAUGCUGAGGCUGGCGAUGGUGGCAAUGUCGGCAAGAAGCCCAAGAUUGAGGAGGACGAAGACUGA